GCGAGGUCUGGCCCUUGAAGAGGAGGAGUAGCUCUUACUGUGUGUGUGUGUGUGUGUGUGUGUGUGUGUGUGUGUGUGUGUGUGUGUGUGUGUGUGUGUGUGUGUGUGUGUGUGUGUGUGUGUGUCAGAGUCAGAGGAGCUGGGGGAAUUUCACACACACUCAGAGGCAUGGAGCUGCAUUCGUUUAAACCUGGACAACACAAACACAACACUCAGGCAGCAAGUUGCGCAAAAUGAUCUAAAGGACAAACCGGGCUUUACGCUGGAAUUCAGGAACUAGGAAAUAAUCAAAUCCGUUUAUUUUCUACUUUUCAUUUUAAAAACCCGUAUAAAAAGUAAAUACACUUAUAGGAUUGCUAACGGAUAAUGCAUUAUAAGUUCUAACCCUUCGCCUUGUCACUUUUCUAAGCGGGGCGCACUGUGCUGCGUUCAACUGCUCUACUGUUUUGGCUAAAGUUUAUUAGUGAAGAGUUGUCGUGGUGUUUUUCUUUGUUGAAUUUCAUAUAAAAAAAACAAACAAAAUAAAUAAAGCGCAUUAUGGCCGAGCACGAAAGUUUGGAGUUUGGAAAGGCGGAUUUUGUUCUUCUGGACAAUGUGUCUUUGGAAGAGUUUCUGGCCAACCUUAAACUCAGGUUUGAAAAGGGUCGCAUUUACAGCUACAUUGGUGAGGUGGUGGUUUCGGUGAACCCUUACCGUGCCAUGAACAUCUAUGGACGAGACAUGGUGGAGCAGUACAAGGGCCGGGAGCUGUACGAGCGCCCGCCUCAUCUCUUCGCCAUAGCAGAUGCUGCCUACAAAGCCAUGAAGAGACGGAAUAAAGACACCUGUAUUGUUAUCUCAGGGGAGAGUGGUGCCGGAAAAACAGAAGCCAGUAAAUACAUCAUGCAAUAUAUAGCUGCUAUUACAAAUCCUAGCCAAAGAGCAGAAGUGGAGAGAGUGAAAAACACGCUUCUGAAAUCCAACUGUGUCCUAGAGGCUUUUGGAAAUGCCAAGACCAACCGCAACGAUAAUUCUAGUCGUUUUGGAAAAUACAUGGAUAUCAACUUUGACUUUAAAGGAGACCCUAUUGGUGGCCAUAUCAGUAAUUACCUGCUAGAGAAGUCUAGAGUGAUCUUCCAACAAGAAGGAGAGAGAAGUUUCCACUCUUUCUACCAGCUCGUGAAAGGAGCUCCAGAAUCUCUGCUGAGAACGCUGCACAUGCAGAAAGACCCUAUAGCUUAUAAUUACAUUAAAGUUGGAGGACAUACCAAGUCCUCCAUCAAUGACACUGCGGAUUUCAAAGCUGUAGCAGACGCUAUGAAGGUGAUAGGAUUCACCACAGAAGAGAUCCAGACUGUCUAUAAGAUCCUUGCUACCAUCCUGCACCUGGGCAACCUCAAGUUUGGCACUGAUGGUGAUGUGACUCUUAUUGAGAGCUCGAAGUUAGUUGCAGUGAUUGGGGAUUUGCUAUCCACUAAAGAGGAGAAUGUGGAGAAGGCACUGCUCUACCGCACUGUGUCAACUGGCCGCGAUGUCAUUGACAAGCAGCACACAGACAAAGAGGCCAGUUACGGCCGGGACGCUCUGGCCAAGGCUAUUUAUGAACGCCUCUUCUGCUGGAUUGUGGGAAGAAUUAAUGACAUUAUUGAAGUGAAGAACUAUGAUGCUAAAAUCCAUGGGAAGAACACCGUAAUUGGUGUGCUGGAUAUCUAUGGUUUUGAGAUAUUUCAAAACAACAGUUUCGAGCAGUUCUGCAUAAAUUACUGCAAUGAAAAACUCCAGCAGCUUUUCAUUCAGCUGGUGCUCAAGCAAGAGCAGGAGGAGUACCAGCGCGAGGGCAUCCCAUGGAAACAUAUCGAUUACUUUAAUAAUCAGAUCAUCGUGGACCUAGUGGAGCAGCAGCAUAAGGGGAUCUUUGCUGUGUUGGACGAAGCGUGUAUGAAUGUUGGAACGGUGACUGAUGAGGUUUUCCUACAGGCACUCAACAACAAACUGGCCAAACACGUUCAUUACACCAGCCGCAAGCUCUCCCCUACUGACAAGAGCCUUGAGUUUGACCGAGACUUUCGCAUUCGCCACUAUGCAGGUGACGUGGUCUACUCUGUGGUGGGCUUCAUUGACAAGAACAAGGACACCCUUUUCCAGGACUUCAAGAGGCUGUUGUACAACAGCUCGAACCCGGUUCUAAAGGCCAUGUGGCCAGAGGGAAAGUUGAGCAUCACUGAGGUCACCAAGCGUCCUCUCACAGCUGCCACACUCUUCAAGAACUCAAUGAUUUCACUAGUGGAGAAAUUGGCAUCUAAGGAACCAUACUAUGUUCGCUGCAUCAAACCCAAUGACGUGAAAUCCCCACUGCUGUUUGAGUAUGAACGCUGUAAGCACCAGGUAGAGUACUUGGGCCUGCUGGAGAAUGUCCGUGUGCGGCGUGCUGGCUUUGCUAACCGUCAAACAUACCCUCGCUUCUUACAGAGGUAUAAGAUGAUUUCGGAGUUCACUUGGCCGAACCAUGACCUGCCCUCGGAUCAGGAGGCAGUGAAACGUCUGCUGCAAGGGUGCGGCUUUGAGCAUGAUGUGGCUUAUGGCAAGACGAAGGUGUUUAUCCGUACACCACGUACCAUCUUCAGCCUGGAGGAGCAAAGAGCCCAAAUGGUGCAAAGGAUUGUCCUCUUUCUGCAGAAGAUAUGGCGUGGCACUAUUGCUAGGAUGCGCUACCGUCGUAUGCGGGCUGCACUCAUCAUUCUGCGUGCAUAUCAGCGCUACAAGGUCAAGUCGUAUAUCCGAGAGGUGCACCGGCGCUUCCAAAACGUACGCAGCAUGAAGGACCACGGCAAGCACGUGAAGUGGCCCACACCUCCCAAAGUGCUGCGCAGGUUUGAGGAAGCGCUACGAAACAUCUACAACAGGUGGUGGGCAUGGACCAUCAUUAAAAAACUGUCUCCAGAGGAGAUGUUACAGGUCAGGGCUAAAGUGGCCACUCUGGAGUGCCUAAAGGGUCAGAGGGCAGACCUCGGCCUGCAGAGAGCCUGGGAGGGCAAUUACAUGAAGCGGGAUAGUCCUGAUUCAGCAUCUUCCUUCACUUUGGUGUCCAGUGACCUGCAGAGGAAAGACAAGUUCAUGAGAGUCCUCUUCUCCUGCAAUGUUCGCAAGAUCAACCACUUUAAUAAGGCAGAGAACCGAGCAGUGCUGAUCACUGAUCGUCACCUCUACAAGAUGGACCCUCUGAAACAGUACAAGCCCAUGAAGAGCAUCCCACUGUACAACGUGACGGGUCUGAGUGUGUCCCCUGGGAAGGAUCAGCUGGUGGUCUUCCACACCAAGGACAACCGGGACCUGAUUGUGUGUCUGCAGGGCAUGUUGCCAGCGGGCGAGAGCCGCAUCGGAGAGCUGGUUGGCACCCUGCUCAGCCAUUUCAAAAGUGAGAAGAGGAAGCUCCAGGUGAAUAUUGUAAGCCCCAUUCAGUGCAGUAUGAAUGGUCGAAAGUGUACCAUCGUGGUGGAGCCCAAGAUCAACCUAUCACAACCUGACUUCACCAAGAGCCGAUCAGGCUACAUACUUGCAGUGCCGGGCAACUAAAACACAGCCACUGUCAUCAAGUCCGGAAUUUCAAAAUGUAAGCCAUACUUCAUUGGCUAGAGAAAGAAAUUUCUCCAAAAUCAAACAUCUAGAGGUUAAAAACAAAUGUCCCUGAAUUUCACGUUUCUAUUCAGUAUAAUCAUAAAAACACAGGAUGAAUAAAAGAAAUCCUAAGUGAUUACAUACAUUACACUUAAGAAGUGCAUUAGUAAUAUGUGAUGUCAUGGUAGAUUUAUUUAUUUGCACUUUCAGCCAAAUAAAGGGACGGGCACUUAAGCCAUAUUUAAAAAAAAGAAAAACAAAGCGCACCAAGACAAAGCGCACGUUAUCUGGGGUGCCAUCUUGGUCAAAAUACAAGCCUUAGGAAUAUGCUAAUAAGAUGUAAUAUUUUGAUAAUGCUGGAAAGUGGGUUUUUUGUUGUUGUUGGUUUUUUGUUUUUUUUUGGCUGUUAUUCUUGUUUAAGGAGAAUAUUUCUGGUUUUAAUAUACUGUAGCAGACAUUUGGACUUUUGGUUAGUGUGGCUAGAUUAUAGCUUUAUGUACAUCACAGGUCUUAGUGGCCAUAUAGGAAAUAUUUCGGCUUAUUCAGUGUAUGUUUUGUAGAAGGAUGUGUUGAUCAUAUCCACAAACUUGCUGAGUGCUCAGAGAGGAGCAUAAAAAUCUCUCAUAACUUAAAUACUUGUCAUGCAUAUUUUCAGUCAUGAAACUUGCAAGAUGUUGUAUGUGGAUGUACAAGAAGAGAAAGUGAAGCACAGUUUAUAUAAAUCGUAUAUUGUUUAUAUACAAAGUCACUUUUGUGUAGGAAAUGAAAACAUUCUGCAGAGAACGUGAAUAUUUGCUUUUGUUUUCCAAGGAGCUGUUUUUUUUGUUUGUUUGUUUGUUUGCGGUAUACAUGAUUAAAGGGUAGCUUUGUUUUAGACGACAGUCUUUAAAACACUUUAAUAAAUCGAAGGAAGCCACAGUGUUUGUUGCUCAGCUCUGAACCUGCUCACACUUGAAAAUAUAAUAAUGAUCAAAGUUCUUCCUUGUGCAAUAUUAAUUCAAAGCAAACAUGUAGUGGGUUAGAGCUCACUUUUCACAAAGAAAGACACUGUUUGAAAGAUCAGAAUAUUGCUGUCUGACAGCAAAAAACAUUCCUGUUUUUUUUUUUUGUUUGUUUUGCUUUGUUUUGUUUUUAAGAAAAAGUUUUUCCUCACAAGCCACAAUGUAACGCCUUCGAUUAUUCAUAUUAUAUGCAUUAGUAUUGUAUAGUUUUACUGGAAAGUCCCAGCAUGUCUUACCUAGAUUUUGAGGUGGCUGAGGAUAGUAGUGAUAAAGUACUGAAGAAAUGUAAUGCUGGUCAUUCCAAGCUGCAUAUAUCAGCUUUAUAAUUACCCUUUAUUUGGGAGGGGCUUGAAGGUCUAGCACAUGUCUGUGGUAUAAUAUCCACUAUGCUGAUAAUAACCUGGUCUUAUUGUGCUGUAGCAUUAAAGCAUCGCUAAAUUUAGUGCCUUCUGUCAGUUACUUUAUUAACAUUUAAAAGUGAAUGUACAGGCUUGGAGCCAGCAGAGUUGUUGUGGCUUUGAAAGGAAAAGGCUAAAUGUAAAUUUUCAUCAUUAGCUCCUUUUUUCAGCCUACACGCUCUUGACUGAGCUUUGCUGCUCACAUCCGCUUCACAGACUGCUUACUUUUUCUUAGAUGGCUUUGCAUAUCAUCAUCACCUGUACUAGUUUACGCACUAUUUAUCCCCAUACCAUGCCAACCCUGUCAGGAACAACACACGUUUCUGUCUGGUUUUAAGACUUUUAGCUUACAGAUUCGUUAUCGGGCAGGUGCUACACACCAGGAUAACUCCCUGCUCAGGAGGAAAGGACCAAGCUUUUAUAGUGUACUCUACAUCAGUGCAGUACAGUAUAUACAAUGCUCAUUCAAGCAUCCCAUCAUUUUGCAUAUUGAACAUCAAAGAGGUUUAUUUUUGCCUCUGAAUUUAUUCUUUGUAUUUUUUUUUUAGUUCUCUGUUUCUAAUAUCAUGUUUGUAGAAUCAGAAUAGAUAUUGAUUGAGAAAUCUUGUACCAUUUUCCAACACCUUGUUAAAGAGUUAAGAUUGCAAUUUUGAAAAAUUUCUUCUAUUCACUCUUGAACUUUAGUCAUGAUAUUCUCUUAUUCUUGUUUAUAUGAUAUUUGUUUCUGGGCUCUUUUUCUUGAGGUGAAUUUCUGUGAUUUGGUUCAAUGCUGAAAUCGUCUGAAUGUUUGUCUCCUGUUCUAAUUUGUAUAAUUUUGCUCUUCCACCUGAUUAAUGUAUGUGCCUAAUUUUAUAUUUCAUUUAUUUAAUUAAUUCAUUGCUUAAUUUUGACACACAGAUUUUCAUCAAGUAAAGAGGGAACAUUAAUGAAUGUGUACUUUGUUUGAUGUUAGUCGUAAUUGGACAUUAAACUGGGCUUUUGAAUUGUA